UUCAAGAAGAUUGUGAAGAUGUGGAGUGGUCCUUGCGUUGCAGCCGGGUUGCUGUUGUUAUUCGGUGUGAAUAUUGUCUUUCUGCUCCCAGAAUCCAACUAUUGUCAUAUAAAAAACUGCCCAGCGGAUAAAAAACUGCCACAUAUUGGCUGCAAUAGCAGUGGGAGCUGGUCGCCAAAGUGCGGAAAAGAGCCAAAAAUCAUCGACGUACCCAAUCAUAUACAAAAGUUCAUUCUACACUAUCACAACACAUAUCGCGAUAUUGUUGCCGGCGGCCAAUUGCACAGGCUACCCAUUGCAGCUCGUAUGCUUAAGUUGAAGUGGGACCACGAUUUGGCUUUUUUGGCUUCAAUCUUGGUAAAGCGUUGCGAUCUCCAACCCACAGACCACUGCAUAUCCACGGAAGAGUUCUCGUCUCCAAGCUACCAUGUGGUAUAUAACAAGUUCAAGGCAAAGCAGGAUACAUUCAGGAUUGUUCGAUCGCAGCUGAAUGCGUGGUAUGAUCAGUACAAGAAGGUUUCUGCAUCCAGUCUAUUUGGUGGAUUUUCCACUGAUAAGAAGGAGAUUGGGCACUUUCUAAGGAUGAUCGUGGGCCCCAGUAACCGAUUGGGCUGCGCCAUAGCUAGUACCGAAAAAGACGGAUGGACCCAUCAAUGGCUAGGCUGUCUGUACAGCUGUUCACCCCAGAAGAACCCUCUUCUAUACGAGUAUUCCGGAAAACCGGGAGAAUAUUGCACCACUGGGAUUAAUGGCAUAUUCCAAAAUCUAUGCAAUGACACUGAACCUGUGAAAGACUGCUUGCACUCUGAACUAUUCAAAACAAUAAUCACCAAUGACACUACAUCAUUGAUCAGGGGCAUGUUGAAUAGACAAACUCAAGCCAGAGCAUUAUGGUUCUUAUUGCCUGUUAUUGUUACAAUUGCUGAAGUCGUUGCACGAAAUGUAUAAGGCAGAAGAAUUUCUUUCCGAUCGACAAAGUAUGUAUAUCCUUGAUCAGGAUCAAUAGAAUGGUCGAUCUGGACAUGUCCGUCUGACCGUAUGAACGUCGAGAUCUCAUUAACUAUAAAAGAUAGAAGGUUGACACUUAGCAGACAGAUUCUAUAGACAAAGAGGCAGCGCAAGUUUUUUGCCCAUGUUGUCACGCCCACUCUAACGCCCACAAGCCGCACAAAACUGCCGCGCCCACAUUAUUGAACCAUUUUUCGACAUUUUUCUUAAUUUUAUUAGUCUUGUAAAUUUCUAUCGAUUUGCCAAAAAAAAUUUUUGCCACGCCCACACCAACACCUUUGCAUUAACACUCGCUGAGUAACGGGUAUCUGAUAGUCUGGGAACACGACUAUAGCAUUCUCUCUUCUUUUCUUGGUGAUAUCGUAACCCCCAAUGGGGCAAUAGUUUCAUAUUCGAUUCCAGAAAAGGUAAAAGAGAUUAGAGCUUUCCUUGGAUUCAUCGGUUAUUAUCGUAAAUUUAUCCCAAAUAAGACAAAAAAAAAACGUGCAAAGAGAUGUGCAGAAAACUUUGACUACAUAAAAGCAUCCAAAAAACUUAAAGCAUUAAUAAUUAGAGAACCAAUUCUUUAAUAACCCAAUUUUGAAAAAAAUGUACCUUAACUACAGAUGCAAGUAAUUUAGCCAUUGGGGCAGUACUUUCUCGAAAUGGUUAUCCUAUAUCCUUUAUUAGCAGAACACUUAAUGAACACGAAUUAAAUUACAGCCCUUUUGAAAACGAA